AUGACACCAACACGCCCAUCAACAACGGCGAUGACAUCCGGUGUGGGAGGAACAGCGCAACAACACGGACGACAGCUCCAACACAAUCAGAAACGCACAUCGUCCUCCUUCGCCUCCGAAGAAACCGUGGACAAAGCGAUCUCAAAUUCACCGGUGGAAACUAAUUCAACCGCCGACGAGGUACACAAUGAUACCAGUAUCACCUCAGAAACCUCAGUCCCCGGACCCAACGAAACAGACAGCUUUCUCGACGAGCUGUUCCGUGGCGUCGACUGGACCUCACCGUCCACCCCGAGCGGGACAAUCCAAACCACGAUGCCAAUCCCUGUUUUCUCGCAGACUGUGACGGCGGGAGGCCCACCUGGAUUGUCGUCGUUCGGGUUCGGCGCGCGAGAGGAGGAGGUCAUGGAGGUGAAGUACCCGAGGGGUGUGGGGUUGCAUUGGUGGCAGGGUUCGGUGGUCGGGGUGAGGUAGAAGAGUCAGAACUUGGGGUGGGUUGUUGAAUUGGAGUUUGAAUUAUUUUGUAGCUAUGGAGGGAGAGAGAGAGAGAGAGUAGUUUUGAGGUCUACAUUGAAGGAAGGUUUUUGAUGUGUGUAUUGUACAUGGUAUGGCGUUGUGGGCGU